AUGUCGACAACUCCCAUUCCGUACUCCAAAGCGGCAGAGCUUGAUCCUAGGAUCAAUACUCCCCGCCCAAAAAUAGAUGCAAGCCUUGUUGCAAUUGUCGAUGCCUUUCCUCUUCCUGAGAAGCUGGAUCUUGGGUUUAUGAGAGGCGUUUCGGGUGGGGGCGAUGAGGCAGCUGCGUUUGUCUGCAAUGCGGACACGGUUCUCCAGAGUGCACCGCAGCUGAAACAUGAACAGCAUUCUAUCCGUGGACCAAGCGGCGACAAUCUCUUGUUAUCGGUGUUUUCUCCUAUCGAGCCCACGAACUCUGCUCUUCCAUGCCUUUAUCAUAUACAUGGGGGUGGGAUGGUGGCCGGCGAUCGCUUCAGCGGCGUCACCCAGCUGAUUGAGCUCCUCAGAGACAUCGAAUGCGUGAUAGUGUCUGUUGAAUACCGUCUCGCCCCGGAGACUCUAGCACCUGGGCCAGCAGAGGAUUGCUAUGCUGGACUUGUCUGGCUAUCUAAGAAUGCCUCCACCUUGGGCAUCAGCGAGUCAGAGAUUGUUGUGUGGGGGGUAUCUGGUGGCGGAUGUCUGGCAGCUGCCACAUGCCUGAUGGCGCGCGAUAGGAAGAUCCCGAAGAUUCCCAUAAAGGGCCAGAUGCUACUCUCUCCGAUGCUGGACGACCGCUGCGAGAGUAUAUCUGACAAGCAGUUUGAAUACAGCAUCCCGUGGUGUGGAAUCACGAACCGCAUGGCGUGGGAAUGUGUGCUGGGAGAGGAGCGCGGCAGUGCCAACAUAACCCCAUAUCAGUCUCCAUCACGAGCAACAGAUCUUUCGAAUCUUCCUCCCACGUACGUGGACGCAGCCGAGUGUGAGGUGUUCCGUGAUCAAGCAGUCAGGUUUGCAACAGACUUGUGGAGAGGCGGCUCAACAUGCGAACUUCAUGUCUGGCCAGGAGCCUUCCAUUUAUUUGAUGGGAUGGACAAUCCAGAUGUCCCGCUUAUCCACAAUGCAUUCUUGGCGAAACAUGCCUGGCUGAGAAGGAUCAUGGGGACACAUUCAACUUGA